AUGAAGUCCAAGAGUAUCAUGGCCGCUUCAGCAGUGAUGGAGCUUGUACUUGCCCAAACCUCUGCGGAUCCUCUUUGCUCAACCAUCAUCAAUCUUCAGCCCGUUGAAUAUCAGUUCCAGCAGCCUAUCCUCAUCGACUCCUACUUCCCUGCCAACACUGACAUUGUCCUUGAUGAUGGCCAUGUUGUGCAUGUCACCAAUGCUCCCACGUCUUUGAGCACUGUCCUGACUGAUGUCUCGACUAGCUUGACUACUCUGACCAGUGCCACCAAUGGUAACGGCAACGGCAACGGUUCUCCUCCCGAUGGAGGCUACCUCACCUUCACUGUUCCUGCGAACCCUGAUGACAUUGGCAACCAACCUGUCACCAAGACCUACCCCCCGACUGAGCCAGGCCAGCCGGGUGUUGUAAUUAUCCAGGUCCCAACAUCUCCUCCUGGAGUUAAUGGGUCCCCAUCUUCUAUCCCGUAUGUCACGGUCACUACCACCGGAGACUUUCCUUCUCUCACCGGCCCUGUCACUACUACUAUCACCCCUGAUAAGCCAGGAGCAACCGGCAGUGUCAUCAUCGAGGUCCCCAACACUAAGGCUGAUCCCUCUUCAGCAUCUUAUGUCACUGUCACUACUACAGGUGGCCUUUCUCCCACUGAUGACCCUCUCACAAGCACUGUUCCUCCCAGCGGCGCUUCCGAUCCCGGCACUGUCAUCGUUAUAGUGCCAAGCUCCACGGCUGCACCCUCAUCCUCUGUACCUUUUAUUACCGUUACCACCACUGGUAGUAGCCUCAAUCCAACAGAUGGCCCGGUCACUUCGACUAUUUCUCCAUCAGGAUCAACUGGUACGGGCACUGUCAUUGUGGAGGUCCCCCCUUCCAGUUCUCCUGCUGGCCCCGGCUCAUCUUCCACUCCCGCCUCUUUUGUCACUCGCACUGUAACUGGAGAGGAUGGCAAUGGUGAGCCCUCCACCACUACCAUCUCUCCCACCGCAAGCUCUGGCGCAGCGACAGUAAUUGUCCAAGUCCCGCCUGUGACCAAUAACCCUUCAUCUUCAUCACCUGGAGACAGUAGCUCUGGAGGCCCUGGCUCCACUGGACCUAGCAGCCCUGCUACUCAGGGGCCCAGCGAUAGCGCCGCUCCGUCUAGUAGCACUGGCGGUACUGGACCAUCAUCUUCUGCUCCUGAAACAUCUAGCCCCAGCCAGGCGACUACCGAUGAUACUGCUUUAAGCACGCCGGCAAGUAGUUCAGCUGCGCCCUCCAGUUCUGAUGCAGACACGAGUAGCCCUGCCACCUCUGCUGCUUCUUCAAGUAGCGAUGCAGAGACCAGUUCUCCUGCCAACCCCACCACCUCCAGCCCUGCUUCGUCAGCGGCUACCUCAGCGUCCGGUUCCUCCACAGAGUCUACUUCCAGCUCCUCCACCAGCGCCGCGGCCGCCAACUUUGAUCCUUGCCCCGACAGUCUCUAUGGAAACCCCGAGUGUUGUUCCCUCGAUGUUCUUGGGGUUGCAGACGCUGAAUGCGACUCACCCACUGAAACCCCUACCGAUGCCGCCGACUUCCAAGCCAUCUGCGCUGCUAGUGGUAAACGAGCACGAUGCUGUGUCCUUCCAGUGCUUGGCCAAGCUCUUGUUUGUAUGACUCCCGUUGGCGUAUCGAACUAA